ACUUAAUGGACUUAAUCGAAAAUUUGUGACAACGAUGGCAGCUAAAGGAGCGCACAUCACGCAAAAUAUCGAAGCUCGACCUUCGAUAUUCGAAGUCGUGGCCGCAGAUUCACUGAACGCGACGUUCUAUCCAGCCCUCAAAAGAGUUGCCAAUUUUUUAGCAUCGAUAAAACCAGUCGCCUUCGGUCCACUGCUGCGAUACUACGACGAGGUGUUUCUGGUGUUCAACUGGGCCGUCCAGAGCUACUACCUGCGCUACAAGGGAGGCUCCCUUUCGGAGGUUUUCUACGGCCUAACAAGAACUUCGCUGCGAACCAAUCGAUUCGAUCAGAACGGACAACGGUGGUCACUGGCCCUACUCGUCGUAGCUCCUUAUCUGUACCGCAAGUUAGAAGCAAAAAUAACCCAAUGGAAGGAAGAUUACGAAAACGGUCGUGUGAUAUCGCCGGAAAAGGUCCGCCUAACCCAGAUCGUCCCAUACCUUAAAGCGUGCUUCGAGUGCGUCCGACUGGUCCAUUACGUAUCAUAUCUGGCCGGAGCCGUUCCGACGCACUCGCCGGUCCUGCGAGCGUUGAACCUCUCACUGACAUACCAGCAGGAAGAGGAGCAAUCAUGGACGUUCCAGGAGCUUCUUUCCGGUCGAGUCGAACCCGCCAAACUCCUCAGCUCUGCCCUGCUGCGAAGUCUCGAGCUGUCGGCCUUCUUUCUGCAAUUUAUCGAGUGGUGGCAAAACGAGGCCAACAUGGGCGAUCUGGCCAAGCUUCCCACUCCGGACGCUCCGCCGGGUGACCUGAACGGGGAAAAGUACCGGGGCAAGUGUCCGCUUUGCUUGCAGCGGUGGGAAAUUGCGACGGCGGUGUCCGUUUCCGGUUACGUUUACUGCUACCGCUGCAUUGUGGCGCAUCUUCAGAAGGAGAGUAAAUGUCCGGUGACGGGCUAUCCGGCGUCGAUCGGUGAUUUGAUUCGAGUGUUCGAGGGGGAUGACGACUGAUGAUUACCUAGUUUGGUAUUUACAUGUAAUUCCAGGUGAUGUUUUUGGAGGAAAGCCUAAGGGACAGGGUGUUUAAAAUGGUUAGAUUAAAUUUAUAUUUUACAAAUAUUCAGGAUAAUUAUGUUAUUAUUUUUUUAAAUAGAAGAAACAAAUCGUACAAUAUAAAAAUCAAAAUGUUGCAUUU